CCCGCGGAGGGACACUUUUAAAGGAAAAUGCCAAACGCCUUGCUGUUUCCCCAGGCGGUGGAAGAUUAUGGGCUGAUAGUGGCCGAGUGAAGGGCGUUUCACGGAAAAUCUGGAAAGAAAUAAGAAUACGACGAAGAGAUUGCCACUGGGGGAGUGAACGUAAACCCAUGCAGAAGUAGAAGGAGCGGCCAUGAGGCUCUCGACCUUCUUCUGCCCGAACGACCCCUUCCCCCUCUCCGCCGAGGAGAAGCCCAUCGGGUCAAGGAGCCGUCCGGGAAGCGACGGCCCCCCGGCCGAGCCCCUCCGUCGUCGGCGUCACGACCGGCUGCGGGCCCGGUAUGUCAAGGCGGCGGCCGCCGACCUCCGCUUCGCCGAGGACGUGGUGCGGCGGCGAGGCCCGGCCGGCCUCCCCUACGGCCGGUACGACUUCGCCCGCCUCUACGACCCCUCCGACGUCGUCGCACGGCCCAAGGGACACGUGCCAAGGGCCGGGAGGCCUGCGCUUCCGCCGUCCGAGCCCGGGGACCGGUCCGGCCCUCCCCUCCGGCCGACGGGACCCGAGGGCCCGAGGAAACCCCGGGGGAGCCGGAGGGCUCCCGGGGCGGACGACGCGGCCCGUGAAACGUCUCCGCCACCCCCCGCCGCCCCCGAGGGGCCCGAUCUGCCGGCCGGGCCCCGGCCCGUCUCCGGGGGCUGGAAGCCGGAGCAGAGGGGGGCCGGGCCGUGGCUCCGGGCUUCGGAGAAGGAGGCGCUGGAGUGGGAAAACCUGGUCCUCGGGAAGCUGGACAGGCGGACGGCCCGGUGGAUAGUGACCAGGGCCCCGGCCCCCCCCGGUCGCCCUGGGGGGCUCCCGGAGAGGUGGCAGGGCUUCCUUCACCAGCAGUACGACUGGAGCCACAUCCGAGAUGAGCUGACCUCCGCCAGCGACCUGGAGCUCCUGGCGGAGCUGGAGAGGGAAGAGACCGCGGAGCUGGAGGGCCCCGGAGCCCACGUGCCGAGCCGGCCGGAAAAGCGGGAAGAACUCCUCCUCCCGGUUUACUACAGGAUGCCGGCCUACCUGCCGCAGGUGCCCACGGCCGAGAUGCGGGUGAGCAAUAAGACCGCCGAGCAUCUCCUGAUGGAACAGGGCCGGCGCCGGGCCGCUCCGUAUCGACGACGGACAGGAGCAAAUUCCCGGGCAGGGAAAUAUUCCUUCGCUCCCGACAACGCCUUUGAGCAGGAGAUUUAUUUCGGAGCGGGAAGAAUUGUCCACCAGGACGGUGGGAAGAAGGAACGCAUUGUGCUGGAAAACUUGAACGAGUACUGCAAGCACUUGCCCAAGGUCUUUCCUGAACUUCCGGAGCGGUGGAGUUCCCAAACGCCUUCGGGAGCAGUUGGCAGGCCCGAACGAGGAGCCUUCCGUUGGACGGCCCUGCCCAGCCCGGCCAAGGACCUGCUGCAGAUGGUCCAGGAGAAGGAGGCCACGUCCAGAGGCCGCAGGGAAAGGCCGGCCACCCAAACGGCCCAAGACUUGCCCUGGGAGCUGCGGGCUCUUCGGGCCAUGCUGCGGGACUGGAAGGCUUCCUGGAUGCUCACAACGCGGUGGCAAGACGCGACGGUGGAGGGUCUGCUGAGGCUCCUGGGGGACGUCCAGGAUGGGGUGCGAAUCCACGCCAUCGCCACCUGCGCCUCUGCGGCCCUCGAGAGACCUCUGGAAGCUGCCGAGGAGGCUGACGGCGAGGAAGGGGUUGACCCCCCGCCCACCCGAGACGUGCCCGCGGAGCUUCAGCCCGCGCUCGGGGCGGCCCUGUCGGACGGGAAUGCCCACGUGCGCGUGGCAGCGGCCGUCUGCCACUACGCCAUGCGGGCGCCAAGCCAGCGGGCCCAAGGCGUCAUGGAGCAGGCCCUUCUCAAGGGGAACGACGCCGAUAGCUGGGCAGCCGCUCAGUGCCUGGCACUGGGAGGGUCGGCCACUUACCCUGUACUGAAGAGGAUCCUCUCGCAGCUGUUCAACAGGAAGGAUGGGGAAACUGAGGCACAGGUCUGCCUCCUGCUGAGCCACCUGAACAGGCAGACGGGCCUGAUUCACAGUCUUUUGGCCGUGGAGCUGAACAGCUGCCAGUGGGAAGACAGGAUUUUAGCCUGCCGGGCCCUCUCCCAAGUUAGUGGGAAUGUCAACCAGGAUUUGAAGAACAAAUUGAGCCAGUUGAUGUGGAAGGACUGGAAUGGAGGCGUGCGGCAGGCGGCCGCCCGAGCGCUUGGCCAGAUGAAACUGGGGAAGGAAAUUCACGACCAGCUCAGGGUGAAACUGAGUCACGGAGACUCUCAAGAGCGAGUGAAGGCCCUGACUCUGAUUGGUUGGCUCCAGCUAAUGACGGCCAAGCUGCUUCCCGGCUUUCUGAGUUGUUUCUCCGAUGACUUUGUGUCCGUGAGGAGGGAAGCCUGCCUUGCCGCUGGAGCGUUGCGGAUCGGAGAUCCCAUGGUGCUCGAUUGCCUCUUGGGGCUGGUGCAGUGCGAUCCUUCCUGGAAGAUCAAGGCUUACGCCAUCAGAGCUCUGGGGAGGAUUGGGCGAGCCAGCCCCCGGCUGAGGGACCUGUUACUGUGGACCGUCCAUUACGAGGAGGAGCCCGGCCUGAGGCUGGAGGCCUGCAGGGCCAUCGUCACCCUCCGGCUGCGGGGCGACGCCGUCCAAGACACCCUCAUGGACGUGCUGCUGCUGGAGACGCACGAAGCCGUCCUCAGGGAAGUGAACCACGCCAUAGAGGUCCUUCAUUUGCAAGGCAAGGGGAACCAAGAGAUGAUUCGGAAGAUCAAGGACAAGAUCUCCGGCCUAAGCCAAAAGGAUGUGCUCACCCAGAAAGUGCUGGAAACCGAGGAAGCGUUGGACCGACUGAAGCAGGAAGCCAAACGAAUCUACCAGCCGCCCCGGGAAGUGAAUCGGGAAGAGGAAUUCCGUGGCCUGAUCAAAGCAUUCCCGGGUCCCGCCGAGCCGCCCCGGAGCCGGGAGCCGCCGGGAUCGUCGACGCCGCCCAUCAGACGGCCCGCUCCGAAUCCCUGGACCCGGAGUCCCCUGUUAGGAGAGACCCAGGGUGGGCACGGGGCACCGCGGAGCCGACGAGGAAGGACAUUUCGGAAAAGAGGAGUCGCUCCGGAGCAAGUUAGCGGCGCCCGAUCUCCCGUAUCUAGUCAAGGCCCGGAAACGGGACGUGUCCGCUGCCCUCCGGAAGAAAGAAAGGGGCGGUUCUGAGUGCCCGACAUGCUUUGCCGCCUCCUUUCAUUUGUGCCCAGCAGUGGAAGAAGGCGAGGAAAUAAAG